GAUGUCAUCAUCAAGAGCAUCCUUUGCGUGCCCAGUGUCACCAGAAUGGGUGAAGCAGAGCAGGAGUCGGUGACGGCGCAGCUGAAGCAUCUUUUCGCACCCACUUCCACGGCGAAGUUUCUUCGAUAUUACUUCGAUUGCUGGCACCCAAACUGUCGAUAUGUGCAUAAGCCUUCGUUCAGAGUGGAUGAUACGAAUGAGCCUUUGUUGGCGAGUAUGGCUCUGCUCGGGGCCAUGUACUCCCCUGACGAGGAUGAGAGGACGAUGGCGAGCGAGAUCAUGUACCAUGCGGAGAAGUAUGUCUUCUUCCAUGAGCCCUUGUUUGGAGAGCAAAGUGUCGGCAAGUGCAGUGCUGCGGCUCAGCAUGGAGAUUUCCAGACGAUCCAAGCAGGACUUUGCAUGCUCAUCAUACAGUUCUGGACUGGCGAUGAAGCUGCGAAACAGAGAGCCAUGGCACUUAGAUUUGACCAGACCUUCAAGGCUGCGCAAGCGAGUGGCUUAUUG